AUGAAUGCGGUUGAUGAGAAACUCUCAUCUUUCAAGUCCAUGACCCUUGAAGCUAUCAAACAGACUGAGGACAAACCUGUAGUGAAAGCAGAACCGGUCGAGCCUCAGCCAACAUUGCCAUCUCUCGUUGAUGAUGAUAACGAGAUCCCUAGACUACAGAGUGGCAGGCAAGCAGUUUCCAUCGUCACGAUCCCCCCUGAGGUUGCCGCAGCCCACUCAAACGACACAGCGCUAAGGCCAGUGCAUGUAACCACCACCAAGAAGCCGGUCAAUGUGAAACGCCAGCCAACCAAACCUCCGCAGAAAGGAGUGAUUGUUAGUGAAAGGUUAUCUGCAGGAUCAUCAAAUAGCCCUCUGAAGAGGCCUCUGAAUGGCGAUGAGAGGGUGCCCAUCUCAAUCCUGUUGCAGCGCCUCACCAAGUUCAGCCAAACCGGUCGUCGGACAUAUGACUUUGGCGAACACAACUCCUGUCUUGCCGCAGGCGUUUUCCUUUUGGGAAAAAGAACAACGAAACGCCCCCCUGUGAAACGCCAUCCACCCAAAUCUCCGCGGAAGGGAGUGAAUAAUUAUAAAAAGCCACCACUGCGACCGUUAAGUAUCCCUCUAAGGAGAACAGCGAAACGCCCCCCUGUGAAACGCCAUCCACCCAAAUCUCCGCGGAAGGGAGUGAAUAAUUAUAAAAAGCCACCACUGCGACCGUUAAGUAUCCCUCUAAGGAGAACGAAGAAUCGAUCCCCUGUGAAACGCCAGCCACCCAAAUCUCCGCGGAAGAGAACGACGCCAAAGGUGACCAACAGGAAAGGCCUUCCCAAGAAAAGACUAAAACCAGGAAAUAAACGCCAACCACCAGGUUCCAGGGUGGACUUGAUUGCUCCAUAG